GCCGGUCGGAUCCUCCAGCAGUUGAGCCUGGCAUGGCGUUCAUUGCCGAGAAGAAGUUCGUGAAGGCAGCGAAUGCCGUGGCAAAGCUGGACCUGGGAAAGGAGCUUUGGGCAAAGCCGCUGAAAGUGGCUUUGGAAGCGUGGCUGCCACGAAUGAACGGCCGACAUCUGGCCAACCUCAAAGCGAUUGCCGUCAUGGAGCUUUUGGAUGAGCCGCAGGCGAUGCACGCAUACCUCGAGCAGUGUGAGAGCCUGCGCAACGACAUCUGGUACUCCCGGCACCUGCAAGUGGUUGAGGCCCACGUCCACCUGCUGUACCCUGAGCUGUGGAACUCCCUGGACGAGCGAAUUCGCCUUUUUCUGCAGACUGUCCGGACUGCCGCAGAAGAGAGCCGUCAGACGCAGGCCCAAGUCCAGGAACGCUCGGCCUCAGAGAACUCAGAGGACGAGUCAGACGAAGAGGUCCACGCGGCGGUAGUGCGGUAG